AUGGUCAUGGUUGAGCGCGUCCAGGUCUUGCUCUAUUCGGUCCGCACAACCCUGGCAAGCAAAGUGUGCGAUUGUACAGGACUCGAGUGGGUCAAGAACAUCCUUUUUCUUCGGCCGCUCAAGGAUGUGGAGAAUGGAAGGCUCUAUCAGUCCAUGUUGGACCAAUACAAAGCCCGUGAAAAUUUUGAUAUUGGCGGAAUUGAUCCCAAGAGAGGCCUGACCACCCUUGCCAUUGCCGCGUUGAAAGGCCAAACCCACGUGGUCAGACUACUCCUCUACAACGGUGCCUCUGCGUGCAAGCUCUUCAAGGGAGACCGCGGUCCCCUCUGGUUUGCUCCAGCAGGGAGAAUGCAUCGCAAAGACCGCUCUGAUAUUAUUCGACUUCUUCUGGACAGCAAAGCUGAAAUCGACAGGCCGUCGCCAGUUAAUGGGAACUAUACGCCAUUAAUGAAAAUCCUCGUCGAAUGGAAGGAUCCGGAGAUCGUCAGUCAGCUGGUGGACGCCGGUGCAUCUUUGACAGUAACGAAUGAGAACGGAGAGGGCGUAAGGGACAUUGCUGAAAAGAUCAAUGACGCAGCCUUGAACAGAGCCCUUCUGUCCAAAGAGGAUAGGCAGACAAAGAGAGGAGACUUCGUUUCGUUGAUCGUUAAACUUGUCUAUUUAAUCGUACAUUAUAUAAACGGCGGUGACACAACUGACAUUGUCCAAUCAAUCAUCAGUGACUUGUAUCAUAUCAGUGGGCAAAAGUCUCCGGAAAUUGCAAAGGUCGGUCAAGGAUACAGUUCCAGGCUCCUAGCUAAAGUGGGAUCUACCAGGAGAUACCCGAAGCCCAAACAGUGGAAGAGUAUAAAAACCACAUCGAUGAGUUCAUAG